CUGUGCCUUGCUUCUAACCCAGCCUCGCUCCCUCUGGUGCUUGCUGAGGACUCACCUGCUGCCUGGCCAUGAGCACCACGUUUCUGCAGACUUCUUCCUCCACCUUCGGGGGUGGCUCUACCAGAGGGGGUUCCCUCUGGGCGGGGGGAGGCGGCUUUGGUGGGGGGAGUCUCUAUGGGGGCGGUGGAGGCCGCAGCAUCUCCGCUUCUUCUGCUAGGUUUGUCUCCUCGGGGUCAGGAGGGGGCUACGGGGGCGGCAUGAGCUGCGGCUUUGGUGCAGGGGCUGGUAGUGGUUUGGGGGGAGGCUUUGGAGGCGUCUUUGGAGGGGGUUUGGGCACUGGCUUUGGUGACUUUGGUGGCGGCGAUGGCGGCCUCCUCUCCGGCAAUGAGAAGAUCACCAUGCAGAACCUCAACGACCGGCUGGCCUCCUACCUGGACAAGGUGCGCGCCCUGGAGGAGGCCAACGCCGACCUGGAGGUGAAGAUCCGUGACUGGUACCAGAAGCAGAGCCCCAGCAGCCCGGAGCGGGACUACAGUCACUACUACAAGAUCAUCCAGGAGCUGCAGGACAAGAUUUUGGGGGCCAAGAUCGACAAUUCCCGGGUCAUCCUGGAGAUCGACAAUGCCAGGCUGGCGGCAGAUGACUUCAGACUCAAGUAUGAGAAUGAGCUGGCCCUGCGCCAGAGCGUGGAGGCCGACAUCAACGGCCUGCGCAGGGUGCUGGACGAGCUGACCCUGGCCAAGGCUGACCUGGAGAUGCAGAUCGAGAGCCUAAAUGAGGAGCUGGCCUUCCUGAAGAAGAACCACGAGGAGGAGAUGAAGGAGUACGGUAGCCAGCUGGCUGGCCAGGUCAACGUGGAGAUGGACGCGGCACCGGGCGUGGACCUGACCCGUGUGCUGGCCGAGAUGAGGGAGCAGUAUGAGGCCAUGGCCGAGAAGAACCGCCGGGACGCCGAGGCCUGGUUCUUCAGCAAGACAGAGGAGCUGAACAAAGAGGUGGCCUCCAACACAGAGAUGAUCCAGACCAGCAAGACAGAGAUCACGGAACUGAGGCGCACUUUGCAGGGCCUGGAGAUCGAACUGCAGUCCCAGCUCAGCAUGAAAGCCGGCCUGGAAAGCUCGCUGGCGGAGACGGAGUGCCGCUAUGCCAUGCAGCUGCAGCAGAUCCAGGGGCUCAUCGGCGGCCUGGAGGCCCAGCUGAGCGAGCUCCGCAGCGAGAUGGAGUGCCAGGACCAGGAGUACAAGAUGCUGUUGGACAUCAAGACGCGGCUGGAGCAGGAGAUUGCCACCUACCGCAGCCUGCUGGAGGGCCAGGACUCCAGGAUGGCUGGCAUUGGCACCAGAGAAGCCUCCCUCGGAGGUGGUGGUGGCAAACUUCGCAUCAACGUUGAGGAGACGGUGGAUGGGAAGGUGGUUUCUUCUCACAAGAGAGAGGUCUGAGUGCUGGGUGCAGGAGAGACCUCCCUUGCCGCCUCCACCCUCCCCAGGCUGAAUGGAGGACCGACCAGAGGGGCCAGAAGAGCAAACCCCAGUCCCUGCUUUCAGAGGGUCCAGCUCUCCCUGUUGGGUGCCCGGCAUCCUCCCCGUCCCUCUCCCUUCUGCUCUCCCUGCCUGCUCUAGAACAAGGACCGGCAAGAAGCAGCUGUAUUGUGUAACUAGCUCAUUUGUACCACGUCUGCCCAUGCAAUAAAGAAUUACUUUUCCUUCUGCAAAUAUC